GUUCCAAAUUAUGAUGCAGUAGACAAGUCACCGGGAUCAAGUUUGUGCCCAUCCUUACAGGAACUAUAUAGCGAGGUCGCAGCAAUAUUCGCCUCUGAGCGUCUCACGUUCGACGUUGAGGAAAUGGCAAAUGCAAUAAGGGUCAAGGAUUCAAAGACAUUUAGUAGAACAGUUCAACAGUUCUGCACUUUGGACAAGGACGCCGAUUCAGAUGGAGCACUCCACUCACUGAUCUCAACAUGGCGAGACGAAUAUGGUGGAACUCUCAUUCAUCUGAUUUGUCGCAAUAUGAAGUGCAAUAAAGGUCACGACAGCGAUAAACUCAUUCGUGCGCUGGUCAGUUGGAAUGCUGAACUCUUACGAGUGCAAGACAUACUACGCAAACUUCCUAUACAUCUAGCGGUAGAACAAGGCCAAGCAAGGUUGUCGCGUUGCAACAUUACUAGAACUCGGAUCGCCGGUCUGCUGGCCGGAUUGCAGUAA